ACAGGAGAGGACAAUGGUCUCUCACUCGUCGUCAAUCAAACGCUGCUUUCAUCGCCCGCCCACUUCCAUUUUGGCGGACUUUCCCACACUCCUCCUCCCCCUUUCUAAAAACCCCACCAACCCCCACCCCUUAACAAAAAAAAAAAAAAAACGCCAACCUCUCUCUCUCAGUCCCUUCCUCUCUCCCUCUGGAGAAGACGUUGCAUCUCUCACUAGAGAAAAUCCUGCAUCUCUCUUUCUAGAGAAAACCCUGCGUAUUUUUCUCUAGAAAAUCCUUGCAUCGCUCUUCUCUCUGUGCAAAAAAUGGCAUUAUCCCAAAGCUUUUCUUCUUCAAUCUCUUCCUCCAAGUCUUUAUCUCCUCAAAACCUAGGGCUUUCAUCCUCGAAACCGUUUCUUUCCCCUGAAUUCUCUUACAUAAAACCGAGAAAAACCAGGGGCCUUGCCAUUAGAGCUGCAGUAGCAGACGCUCCUGCUGUGACGAAGGCAGGGGGUGAGUUUAGGGUUAAGAAUUUGAAGGCGAGGCAGAUCAUUGAUAGCAGGGGGAAUCCGACGGUUGAGGUUGAUCUCGUGACUGACGAUGUUUACAGAUCAGCUGUUCCGAGUGGUGCAUCGACUGGUAUCUAUGAAGCUUUGGAGUUGAGAGAUGGAGAUAAAUCUGUUUAUGGAGGGAAAGGGGUCCUUAAUGCUGUUAAGAACAUUAAUGAGAUCCUUGCUCCUAAGUUGAUUGGUGUGGAUGUUAGGAACCAAGAGGACGUGGAUUCCAUCAUGCUGGAAUUUGAUGGUACUCCAAAUAAGUCCAAGUUUGGGGCUAAUGCCAUAUUGGGAGUGUCUCUAAGCGUGUGCAGAGCUGGCGCCGGAGCAAAAGGAAUUCCUUUAUACAAACACAUUCAGGAACUAUCUGGAACUAAGGAGCUUGUUAUGCCUGUCCCUGCUUUCAAUGUUAUUAAUGGAGGAAGUCAUGCUGGUAACAACUUGGCAAUGCAAGAGUUCAUGAUAUUACCAGUAGGUGCCUCUUCAUUUGCAGAGGCUCUACAAAUGGGUAGUGAAGUUUAUCACAUCCUGAAGGGCAUCAUCAAGGCAAAGUAUGGCCAAGAUGCGUGCAAUGUUGGAGAUGAAGGGGGAUUUGCCCCAAAUGUUCAGGAUAAUAGGGAGGGACUUGUAUUACUUGUUGAUGCAAUCGAAAAAGCUGGUUACACUGGCAAGAUCAAAAUAGGUAUGGAUGUUGCAGCAUCAGAAUUCUUCAUGAAAGAUGGAAGAUAUGACUUGGACUUUAAAAAUGAGCCAAAUGAUGGGUCCAGCGUAUAUAGGGCUCACAGCCUGUGUGAAUUGUACAAAGAGUUUGCUAGGGACUUCCCAAUUGUUUCCAUUGAAGAUCCUUUUGACCAAGAUGAUUGGAGCUCAUGGGCUUCAUUGUGUUCUUCGGUUGACAUUCAACUAGUCGGGGAUGAUUUGCUGGUUACUAAUCCAAAAAGGAUAGCGGAGGCAAUCCAGAAGAAGGCUUGCAAUGGUUUGCUCUUGAAAGUUAACCAAAUUGGAACUAUCACAGAAUCCAUUCGGGCUGCUCUCGAUUCGAAAGCUGCAGGAUGGGGUGUGAUGGUCAGCCACAGGAGUGGUGAGACUGAGGACAAUUUUAUUGCAGACCUCUCCGUUGGCCUAGCAAGUGGGCAGGUGUGCAGUCUUAUUGUGUUUUUUGCAUCCUGGGCAGUGUUUCAUAUGAGUCAAGAAAUUGAGUUUUUUCGUGUCAUUUUCUUUCAGUCGAGAAUGUGAAUCUCAAUAAUUUUA